AUGACUGCCCGUACGGCGACACAAGAAGUGAUGCAAGUGCACGGCUUUGAACGGGCUGCCGUUGAAUCGGAGGCGGAAGUUGUUGCCCAAGUUUAUGACUAUAGCCACAUUCGUGCUAUGGUCAGUGGCGAUGGAGGCGAUCUUUUGAGAUCAUUCAAACCUCUUCAUGAUCGAGUCUUAGUUGAGCGAGUUGCUGCAGAGACGAAAACGAAGGGUGGUAUCAUGCUUCCUGAGAAAGCGCAGGGCAAAGUUCUUGAAGCUACAGUGAUCUCAGUCGGCCCGGGUGGCCGUAACGAAAAAGGUGAACUCAUUCCAAUGAGUGUGAAAGCCGGUGACCACGUUCUUUUGCCGGAAUAUGGCGGCACUAAAGUUAUUGUGGAAGAGAAAGAGUACUCAAUCUUCCGAGAGCAAGAUCUCCUCGGUGUUUUCAUUUAGGCGCUUAUCUUGUUGCAUUUUUUCAUCGUUAUAGUUUUGUUACAUUCAUAGUGUAGAUACUAGUUUUGUUUAGUUACAUUUUGUCAUUGUUAAUUGUUAUAUGAAGAUUCCUCACAGGUCUGCUAUAUAAACUUGUUUUCUUUUUGACA